UCCGGUAACUUUUCGAGGUCAAAAAACAAAUCGAAAAUGGCUAGCAUUGUUUUGAAGCAAAUAUUUUCUAGAACAACAACAGCUUCUUGUUGUCAUGUUAGAGCAAUCGCACAGAAUUCAAGCAGAUGUUUUAGCACAUCCCAGAUACUGCUUUCUAAUAAAGAGGCUACUGAAGAGCAACCACAACAAGAGGAACAACAAACAUCUAAAAAUGGAGGAUUCUUCAAAAAUUUACUUAGAGUACGAACAUUAAAGCCUACUAAAGAAUCACAUUCUAGUCUUCUUUCGUCCAAGGAAACAGUGUAUGAAAUACAGUUUCAUGCUGUGAAACCUGAGUUUAUGGAAGAUUACUUAAAUCAGUUCUCAAGGUUUCAAGGUCUGAUGCAUGAAAAGAAAACAGGUGCAAAUUUAGUGGCUAGUUUUACAGUGGAAAUAGGAGAUCAGGAUGAGGCUGUACACAUAUGGGAAUAUAAAGGUGGUUACCCAGUGUUAAACAAUGCUACAGAAAUCUACAGAACAGAUCGGGACUUUAUAGAAUACAGAUUAGCCAGAAAUAAAAUGUUACGAUCCAGGAAGAAUCAGAUCUUGUUAGCAUUUAGUUUUUGGCCAAAACUUGAACCAAGAAAUGGUAAAAACAUUUAUGAAAUGAGAAGUUAUACAUUAAAGGCUGGCACAAUGAUAGAAUGGGCAAACUGUUGGGCCCGUGGUAUAGAAAACAGGAAGACAAAUAACGAGCCUGUCGGUGGUUUCUUCUCACAUCUGGGAGAACAAUAUGUUGUACAUCAUCUAUGGGGAUAUACAGAUUUACAAACCCGUAAAGAAACAAGAGAAGCAGCAUGGGGAAGACCAGGCUGGGAUGAAUGUGUAGCUUACACAGUACCAUUGAUAAGACAUAUGCAGUCAAGAAUCCUGAUACCUACACCGUUUUCACCUCUCCAGUAGGCAAGUUACUCAGGGAGAACGUACAACGUUCAAAGAUUGCAUUAUAGACUAAACAGUAUACACAAACACAGAAUCUUAAAAGUUGUUGGAUAAAACAUCCAUUUCUUGGGUAGUUGUAAUUUUAAAAAAGAGUUGAUAGAAAUACUUGUAUGUUAUAUCAGACGUUUCAAAUAUACAUUUUUUCUUUGUUUUCAUUCUGAAAGGAGCAUGAAUUUUUUUUAAACAGAUAAAUAGAAGCCUGUUUUAUGUACAUGUAUUUGAAAAAAUAUAAUAUCACGAUUAUGUAUUCAGACUAGAAGAUUAACUUAGAUAGUAGAUAUGUUAAAACAGAAAUAUGGUCAAUUCAUUGAGUAGCAGAUUUCAAUAAUAAAAACCUAUAAACAUGUAGCAGAAUAGACUAUUUUCAUAUUACCGACUUUUGACUCCGGAUUAUAUAAUUUGUCGACUGGUUACCUUGGACAUCAUGGUACUCGGUCAAGUAAGAGCAGCCAACAUAAGUAAAAUCAAAUAUAUAAUCGGUGUAAUUUGAGGGGAAAGUUUACUGUUUUCCGAUGAUUUUGUAGUGAAAAAAAAAAUAUUAACCAGGUAAUUUUCCCCCAAAAUUGUACCGAUUGAAAGCUUGGUUUUACUUCUUUAGCUUGCUCUUACCUGACUUGGUACCAUGAUGUCCAAGGUAACCAGUCGACAAAUUAUAUAAUCCGGAGUCAAAAGUCGGUAAUAUGAAAAUAGUCUAUUUGAGAAAUAGGAAUACCAAUCUUGUGGUGAUGAUGGUGUAAAACUAUUUCAUGAUUUCAUGAUUCAUUGGUCAAUGUUAAUUUUUUAUGAUCAGGUCAGUUUUUCAUUAACUUUAAGUAAAGGGUCAACUUUAUUUAUUUUAUAGAAUCAUUUAAGUUGUACAUGUCUACCUGACAGGAUUCAUUUGACCUUGUCCUCAAUUUAAUGAUUCAUCAAUGUUUUUGUGAUACCUGUAUUUACCCCUCGAUCACAAAGACGUUCCAAAUAUCAUUCAAUCAUUAUCUGUAAAGCAGGCGAGACGUUUCAACAUGUCAAAUCUUUUUUGUUGAUUUUGACAUAAGAUUUCUAGUAAGUUACAUAUAUGAUAAAUGGUUUCACAAAACAAAUUAUGAUUAAUUGUGAUCAGUUAUGAGCUUUUGACUUUUUUUACAAUUACAGAAUACUUUACAUUUUUGUAGAAAUUUAAAUGUGAAUUUGGUAUUUAGCAUUAUAUGCAAAACAGACAAAUAGACCUUCAUCUGAAUAUCAAAAACUAAACUAAGAAUUAAGGAAAAAAUGAACUUCAAAUUAAAACUAUAUGUAAGUAGGUUUGGUUAUUUUAGUAGAAUAUGAAAUUGACUAUGAUGGUUUUAAAGCUCCUAGUUGUUUUAUUCACAUUUUUUGUAAUGUACAUGUUUGGUCAGUUCUGGUCAAAGUUUAUAUAUAAUACAAGUACAAAUGAGAAAUGUUAUUGAAAUGAAUUUUUGACAUGAAUUGACUAGCUGAGCAAUUGUGUUUGUGAAUGGUUUGUUAGUUUACCUAUCCAGUUUUACUUGUAAAGAUUAAAUCAGAGUUAUCUCCCCCUAGUCUCAUAUUUUUUUUAAGUAUCCAUAUAAUUUUUUUUUUGUAUCUGGGUUGUAUUUGGUGCAUGUACAUUAUGGUUUGUGUUAAUUGUUACAAUUUAAAUUUUCUCUUUUAAUUAUAUUAUAUAUUUUUUUUCAUGGAAUGAAAUGACUUGUUGAAUAAUAUAGUCUGUUUAAAAGUAUUGAACCGACCGCGCGAGACCCUCAUUGGUAGUCAAGGUUAGUUAAACACCCCCCUAGUAGUAAGUAUUGCAAUUUUACUGAAAACAGAAACAUUUUAGGUAUCGAAAUGUAAAAAUAAAUAAGAAUUUUUUUAUAAAAAUGAAUUUCAUGAAAUUAAGUUUUUAAUAUUUUUUUCUUUUGAAAAAGACCAAUUAUGUAUUUAUAUUGGAAAGACUUAUUACAGAGUUUUAUAGUACUUGUGAAAAGUAAUUGCAAUACAUAUAGUUUAUGUUUUCAUAUAAAUUCAUUUUGUCCAUUUAAUUUAUUGUUUAACUGCACUAUUUUUGGUGGUUUAUUUUAAUAAAAAUAUGAAUUGUAAACAAAUUGAAAUAAUCUUUUAGUAUUUAAUUAUGCAAAUAACUUUUGAUUUAUUUAAAUAAACUUUAAUUAUUAAGCAUUAUGUUGUAGAGGAUUGUUAUAAAACGUCUUUUUUUAGUUUGACUCAAACUGAAACUGCUAACUUAAAAGAAACAGGUCUGUCAUUUUAUAAUAAAAAUGUAUUUUGAAGACAGUGAUCUUGAAACAUGAGAAAGUUAGAAAAUAAAAAUACAGUCUACAUCUGUCAUAUAUACACUAGAUCUUAUUAUUCACACACAGUCUGUGACGGCAUGAUAUAGUCUAUAAACACACCUGUAUUCACUUUCCUAGAUGUGUGUAAUAUAGAUGGAAUAUAUUUUAAACAAUAAAUUGUUAUUUAAGUGAGAA